AAGAGUACCUGCAGGUCUUCUGAGGUUGACAUCAAACCUUUCUACAUGUAGAAAGUUAACGCUACGUCUGUAUUCGUGGGCGUGCUCUUAUCUUGCUUCCCGCUUCGCAUUUAUUGUACGGUACCGCAAAGUAGAUAGAAGCAGAAGGGGAUUUGGAAAAAUCAAAGUCAUGUCCUGUGUACCCAGGCGGGGGCCGCACGCCGCGGCACGGCUGCUGUGUGCCACCUACCUGACCCAGGCAUUGCUGGGCCCUUCCAGUCUGGUGGUUCGCGGGAUCAAGCCCGUGACGCUGGUGGAGAAGACAAAAACUACGACAAAAUUGGCGAAGGAAGAGAUUGAGCCGGUUACCCUGGUGCACAAGAAAACGACGAAAUUGGAGUCUUCGGCCGAGGGAAAAGCGGAGAAACGGAAAGCAGAGGAAAAUAAAGCGGAGAUCAAAAAAAAGGCCACGAAAGAGAAAAAGGCGGAAGAGGGCGCAGACGCUGAGGAGAAAGCCGAGGAGAAACUCGAGGAGAAAGCCGAAGAAAAAGCCGAGGCUGAGGAGGGCAACGAGGCAUCGGCGGAGGAAGAGGUCUAUCAAAUGCAAAAAUGUCUGGGUCUGGGAGGUUGCGAGAUUUGUCAUGCUUGUCUGGCAUGACUCUGAGCCCUGUGUUGCAAAAACGCAGUUUCUCACGCGUAGUACGCAACUCAGAACCAUGGAAAAAACUUGUCAUGCUUGGCAGCGCACUAUAGUGAGUUCACUAUUCCCUCUCUUGCAUCACAAGUUUCCAGACCCAGACAUUUUUGCAAUUCAUAAGGUCGAGGAAAAAGCGGACGCCGAGGAGGGCAAUGAGGCCUCGGCGGAAGAGGACGCCGAGUCGGAGAACCAAGCCUGGCGGGUCGCGGCGAAACAAGAGCGGGUGGACAAGGUGAAAGCAAGAUAUGCAUUGUCGGACCGUGUCGUACUAGUAGAUUUUCAACAAAUGAUCGCACUUUUCAUUUUGUUCAAACUUGUUGAAAUAAUUAUCAGAAUGAAUGGACUUCGUCAACACGGUGGUUCACAACGAGGAAGCAAGAAGCGCAUGAUCUGUCAUGCAUGAUCAACCCGUUUAAUAC